AAGACCGCAGAGUACUGCUACGCCUGCUGCCUGUGCGUCUCAAAACACCGCUGACUUGCUUGGACUUGAAAUGGAUUCAUCCGGAAGUGGACCAGUCCCAGAGGAAGACCCGUUUGACGAGUUCCUGAGUGCAGCCCCUGUUGCCACUGCUGUUUCGGCACCAUGUCUUGAGAAAAAGAAAAACCUCAUUGGUCAUACUGCUGAGCGGCGCUGCGUACUCACUAAGGAGUCAAUCCUAUCCCUCUAUGGCACCCCACAGCCUCCAACCUUUCCUGCAGCUGCUGCUGCUGGAGUGCCCAUGCAGGCUGCUGUCUAUGGAGUGGCACCUGGAGGUGGCUUUGCAACUACAAACGUGUUUCUCCAAGGGGUCGCAUCAAUGCCUGGAGGCAGCAUGCGUCUUCCUCAGCAGCAACCUCAUCUGGCUGCAAGCAGCAGUGACAAUUUUGAGGGGCAGCCAUUCCACAGCAACCCAUUCCUGAGUCCAGUGGCACAGCCAGCCAACAUACCCCAGCUGCAACAGCAGAUGGCUAGUCUGCAGCUCGGUUCCAGCAGUGCCUGGGGGGGGCACCCAGCUGCUGUGGGGUCUUGGUCAAGCAACCCAGCCCACCAGGGGCACACGCUCUCCACAAAUCUGUGGCACUGAGGAAGGUGCUUUGUAGGGAUGAAAAUUGGCUGCAUGGCUCCACUUCCCAACUUGGCCAGCCAUCAUGGAAGAAGUGAAUGAUGCCACAGAGCCUGAAACAUGGAAUGCUGUUAGCACAAAGCAGCUUGACCACUUAUGUUAUUAUUUAUACAUGCACGAUCCGAGGUGGAAAAGAAGCUGUGCCACAAUGCCUGUACCAAUAGUUUUUCAAGUCAUUUUUAAAGCCUUGCUUUUUUUAAAGAAAGUUCGAGAACUUGUGAUUGUACAGUGUUGCCUUGCAUCAAAGAAGUACCAUUGUAAUUUAUUUUUUAAUUAAGGAUAAAACUUGGCUUGCUGCUACUGAUAGCUUGUGUGGCAGCGUGAGGUCUCUAGGCUGCAGAUCUGAGUUUUACUUCAAAAAAAAGACUCCUUUCAUACUACUCUUGCUAUUUGAGGUCCCUAGGCUGCAAUUCAGAGUUUUACUUAAAAAAAAAAAAAAGACUGCUUUCAUACUACUAUUGAUAUUUUAAUAGGCACAUCUCCGGUGAAGGCAGUACAAGACUAGUCUUCCUUCCAUUUAUUUCUGGCUGCUUCAGUGUUUUGCUAAACAAUGAAUUUCCAUGUUACCUUAGUUAUUGGUGCAUAUAAUUUUUUUUUUCAGGGGGUGCACAGGUGUAUGUUUGUUUUUGUUUUCUGGGCUCAGUCAUAUGUCGAACAGUCAAAUACGUCCUCGUGUUUUGUGUUUCAGGAAAAACAAGGGAAAGGAAUGCAGAUGUAAAACACAAAUAUAAUAACAGAUUUUUUUAAAAUAUGAGCUCCUUUUUCCAGUUCAUCUGGUGUUUUGAGGUGAAGCCAUCAUAUUUGCCAUGGUUCUUUAUGAAUAAAAGAGUAGUGAUGGUUUUCUAAUGCACUGUUUGACACACUUCGGUUGUUGUUUAAACUUCGCUUUUCAUAGAAUUGUCUGUGUUUAGGCAAGUGCAUGUCAUUGGCUUUAUAAUGUCCUUUGAUGUAUAAUGUAUAAAAAAAAAUUUUCAGGUAUUCAAUCUUACUUCCUCAUUUUGAAAUAAAGUUAUCUUGUCUUAAUAUGCA